UGCGGUGGCGAUCAGUAUAACGGCGGCGGCGGCGGCGGCGGCGGUAGCUGCUGCUGCUGUUUCUGAGAGCGUGGGAUACCGAGAGACGGUCGUUGUUUUCUCCUCAACCAACGCACAUUGGGCAACGCAACUUCGGGACAGAUCCGUUGAGCAACCGUCUUCGACCCGUGCCGCCCUCACUCCACCAGCGGUUACGCAACGCGACGCGUACAUAGGCGUCCCCCUACCCACCGUACAGACAGCGCUUUGGAUAUGUGCAUGCCCGUGGACCACGGCGAUACCGCUGUCAUUUCGUACGCAGAUAUCUUCGCAGUGACGCCGGUACAACCGCUUCCGCCGACACGACCGCCGUACCAACGUCACCGCAGACUUCGACAACAGCGCCCGAUACCGUCACUGACCGUGGUCCCGGAAUCGACGGCACCGGAAGACAACGCCACGACUGUCGCCGCACCACCGAAGAGGGCACAGAGGGCUUUGCGUUGCACGUGCCACAAUACACCGGCGGCCAUGCGGUCGAGCGUGAAACGGCGCUUGACGGCCACCGACGACGUCACGUUGUCCAUCCGGCUGUUCAUCGCGCUGUCCAUCGCUAUCCUGGCAUCCAAGCUGAUCGCCGACGCCAUGUACUCGGCUAGCGUGGACGGCUCCUCGGUCACCAAUCCGCGCUCGUACAGGGCCAAGAGACAGUUACCGCCGAUCGAGCAGGGCAAUAUGGUAAUCGACAGUAUAUUUCAGAUUCCCAUCAAAACGCUCAGCGCCGUCGGGACUCUGAUUAAGACAGCCCGACCCCUGGUGCGCAGAACCCGCGAACGGAUUCAGCAGUACUACACGGGCUACCAGCAGCAAUACAGCAACGGCCAGCAGCAAUACGGCAACGGCCAGCAGCAGUAUGGCUAUGGCUUGCAGCAAUACAACAAUGGCCAGCAGUACUACACCAGCGGUCAGAAGCGCUACAGCAUCGGCCGGCAGAACUCCAACACCGAUCCUCAAUCACGUCAGUACGAUGGAGGGGAAGAGUUCGUCUACCGGCCCAAGCGGGCUUAUCAGGUGACUAAUUGGGGCAGGAACAAUCAGCCCGAGUACUGGACGCGCCGCCUGUACGGAAUUUACUGAUAUCUCCAGCGAUUUGUAACGGAAUACUAUGUGUUUCGUUAUAAAUCGAUAAUCGAAUGUCCAGCAAUAAUGACCCUCAUUAUUAUUGAGGAGGUCGCUGCCUUAAAUAUUAGUGUAAUAAUCCAGAUAACUGCGCACAUUUUGUACAUCAUCCAUUGAAAAAUUCAAAUAUAACAUUUUAAGGUUGCUAUACCUGUAUAUAAAUAUCGUGUUACGAUAAGUCACACCUUAAAUAUUUACCAUGUAUGCAUUAUUAUUAUUAGGUAUUUAAUUUGUGAGUUUUUCCUUUAACGCUGAGUUUUUUUUCCACGAUUUUUUAAGACUGUCUUGAAAAACAACUUUGCUCCAGCAGAUUACGAAUUGUUACUAUUUUUAAUUUGUCUACUGAUUUAUAACUAUGGUAAUAAUACCAAGAUCAUUUUUUUAAUCUCUUCAAAUAAUAAUUACAUUUUAAAAAUGAUUUUUUCUCAAACACAUUUCAACUUAUCAUAUUUUGUACCUUUUUAAUGGUAUCCCAUAUUAUAAUUUGUUUACGCCAAAACUCCACGCUAUUAUCAUUAUGACGUAAUGAAACUUUCAUCAAAUUAAAAUCUUUGUUGCUGUAUAGAACACUAACCAAUUAUUCUGAUCUUAAAAAUGUACAGUUUGUAUCACUCUGAUAUUGUAUACUCAUAUUCAAAAACAAAAUAAAUAGCCUGUCUAAAAACAAUAUAAAAUUUAUUUUCUCAUCCCUUUGAAAUUUAUAAAAUAAUCACGAUUCGCCAAUUUAAUGCCCAAAGUUGUAUGCAAUUAAACGAGUUUUGUAAAUGUAUUAAUUAUUAUUGGUUAGGUAUUACCCUUUGGCCAUUGCUCACAUAUCAGAAGUAUAGAUAAUAUAAUAACAAUUAAUAAAACGUGUAAAUACUAUUGUUUAUUUCUGUAUCACGGUUUUAAAAUAUGGUGACAGAAUAAUUUCUUUAACAAAAAUUAAUUAGAUUUUAAGUAUUGGUAUAAUAUUAUUAUUAUAACCGAACAUUAGUCUAAGUUUUUUGAAUACAUAAUACGUAAUUUUAAUUUUAAUAAAUUAUUGUGGUAAUGUAUAAGUUUUCCGAUUAUGACUAUAUUUUAAUAUUAUCAUGUGUUACUAAGUAAAUAUAUUAGAGUCCUUACCAGUAUAAAAUCGAAAUUUACAGCUUACUAAAAAAUUAUCGCCUACACUAUCCAUUAUUUUAAUCUUAAAAUGGUACAGUUUUGAUCACUUUUUCAAUUUUUUCAAAUAAAUAAAACAAAAUAGCAAAUACCUAUUCCGCCUUCAGAAAAAAAAAUGUUUUUUUACCAUCCCUGUACAAUUUAUGAAAAAUCACUUUAUAGUUGUUGAUCAUAAAUCAAUGUAACAGUUCUAGGUUUUACAAUUAAACUCGUUUCUUACAUUUAUAGUUGGUGCUUAAUUGUUCAUAAGUUGUGUAAUAUAUACGCUCAUACGACAUUAGUAUGUAAUAUAAUAAAAUAAGUUAAAUGUGUAAGUUCUAUAUCACCAAGUCUAGUAUGUCGACAGUGGCAUCAUCUCUAUGAUAUAAUAUGAAAUAAAAAACUAACCAUAUUAUAAGGUAUCCUAACAGAAUACCAUUAUUACAAUAUUACCUAUAAAAAGUUGUUAAUAGUAAAGAUAGAAAAAUAUAGGUGUGAGUGAACAUAUGGUUAAGGGGUUUCCAAUUAUAAAUAAGGGCCCAAAAUAAUUUUUCUUAUAUUGAUUUUAAUACAGAAUAACCUAAUAUAUAGUAUCUAACCGUAUGUCCGUUUAUUUUAAUCGAUUACAAUAAUAAAAUAUAUAAUACCAUGAAUUAAUAUAUUCACAUACACCUUAUGUGCUAUUCGUUCAUACGUUCAUAUAAAUUUAUUAUGUUACCAUUACGCAAUUAGGUUACAAUAUUACAAUUACAAUA